GUGUAUGUGUGACAUUACGGUAAAUUUAUAGAUCCGUCGGAGUCUUGGUUGUUUGCAAACCCAAAGAGCACUGCAAUGUAAAUGUAUCCAGAGAAUAAUCGGACAGCAUACCGAAAAUAGCGCAGCAGAAACGCAGAAGACCUCAGAAAGCUUCUUUCAACUAAACUGCUUCCUGAACACCUCCAGGCUCAAUAGUGCUGGAGCCUCAGACGCAUUUCAUACUUUCCUCAUCGAUUGUGACGCCAAACUCCUCUCUCCCUCUGCUGAGGGAGCGCUUGCUGACCCUCUGUACCUCUGCUGUCCAGUACACAAAAGCAGACUGCUGGAAUGGCUUCCAAAUCUCAUCCACCUCUCAUGAAGAAACACAGUCAGACCGAUCUGGUGAGCCGACUCAAGACUCGCAAGAUCCUGGGCGUGGGUGGAGAGGAUGAUGAUGGAGAGGUGCACAGGUCAAAGAUCAGUCAGAUGCUGGGGAAUGAGAUCAAGUUUGCGGUUCGAGAGCCUGUGGGACUGAGGUUAUGGAUUCUCUUCUCUGCUGUGGUUUUCACAGUCAUGGCCCUGAUGGCCCUAGUCUUCCCCAACCAGCUGUAUGAGGUUGUAUUUGAUCAGGAGCAAACAGCCACCAGUGUCUCUAUACGUCUCUAUGGAGGGGCCAUUCUCAGUCUCUCUCUGAUCAUGUGGAAUGGCUUGUACACUGCUGAAAAGGUUAUCAUCCAGUGGACGUUACUUAGCGAGGCCUGCUACUUUGCCAUCCAGUUUUUAGUGACUUCUGUCACUCUGGUGGAACUGGGCUCCCUGCCAAACGCUGCCAUCCUCCUCCUCCUCAGUCGCGUAUUCUUCCUCACUGUCACGCUGUCCUACUACUACAAUCUGGGACGCCGGCCCAAGAAGAUCUGAGAGCCCCGCACACACCUAAGUGACGCUGGGCUAGAGUUUCCAUCUGAAGCUUUGAACAGUGACACAGUCAAACAACAUCAACCUGUUCAUCUGGCGUCGAGCCUCACUGCAAGGACGACGCCAACCAGGCCUUCAUUUUAAUUUCAACUUACACACAACACAGGAGUUUGCCUUUUUAAUGGGAAAUGCUCACAAUCUGGUCAAAUAAAUUCCAUUUUUAAAUUUCAGAUAGUGUGCAGUCACAGUGUAGCCCUCCUCAUUCAACGUUUAUCACGUAAAGUAUUGCACACCGUAGCCGAGCUUGAAAUGCUGGCGUAAUUGUCUGUAGCUAAGGUAUCAAUAAAACUGUAAAUCAUUUCAUGUAAUAAUGCCAAUGACUUUGAGCUUGUAGUCAUGUGACGUGCGUGAGGGUGGCUAGUGAACACUAGAAUGUGUGUUUUCUGUGCAGGUCAUUCAGUAUUUGAGCAGUUGUUACUGGUUGGUGUAUUUGUGUCACUGCUGUAUCACUGAACCAGGAACAUCCUGCUCUAUGUGGAACGAGUUCUCAUAUGAGAAUGGUUAUAAAAAGUUUAUGGAUGACACACACAACAGGUUAGUUUGUUUGGUUAGCUAGUUGGUGCAUUGACCUCGAAAACCCCCUCUAGUCGCACUGUUUCAGGAACUUCAAUUUGAACUAAUUAUCCAUGUUUCAAAUAACAACUUUAUCCAUGUUUUUCUUAUUGCCAAGUUCAUUUUCAUCAAGUGUAUAUGAACAAGACACUUUUUUCUUUUAGUAGUAAUGCCACAGAACAUGGUUUUGUAGCACAAUGGUAUGUUUCAUUCAUUUUAAUAAGCAAUGUAGCAGUAUUUUCCCUCACAUUUCCCUAAUGUUGCCUUAAUAUGCCAAACUGCACAAGCGUUCCACAUGUCAGCACACUGCCAGUUGUUUGUAUUCCUCAAAAGAGCUGUAUAAAUAUACAUAUUUUUUGUUGAUUUGCAAUUUUCCAGUUGCUUAUUUAUUGGCCUGCCCAAAAGUUUUUGCAUACAGUAGGUUAUUUUUUUUGUGGUAUCACUUGCAUGUUUAUUGUCUGAGUUGUUCAGUCAUUGUAUGCCCUUGAUGACAAUUCUUGUGCGAGUUCUGCUGAGACAAACUGCAAAAUUAACAUGAGCGGUGUGUGUGUUUUUACACGUUUGCUGCCUUGUGUGUAGUGUUGUCAAAAGUACCGACCGUGAUACAAGUCGAUAGUGAAACACCUCUGAUUGGCCAUCGUGUUCACGUGCUCAUCAGAUAUGUCUGUGAUUGGCUACAAUGAUCAACGCACGGGAGCGUUUGAAAGUAAACAAGUGUUCGAAUUUGGAAGCGUGAAAUGUGAAAUACACAUUUUAUGUGUUGUUGACGUGUUAAAAUUCAUGUGUUUUUGAACCAUUUGACCUUCCAUAUGCUGAUAGACGCCUGCUUUCAAACGCUCCCGUGUGUAUCUAUGUAAACAUAUCGUAAAUAGACAUCAACGACGCUCUUCACCGAGCGCUUACACAGAUACACACAGGAGCGUUUGAAAGCAGGCGUCUGUCAGCGUAUGGAAGGUCAAAAGGUUCAAAAACGUGAAUUUUAACACAUCAACAACACAUAAAAUAUGUGUAUUUCACGCGUUGAAUGCGUUUGCGCUUGAAAAAUCAGCGCAAAAAUAUAUUUAACACGUAUUUAACGUGCAAACAAUGCGUAUUUAAUGCGUGAAAUACGUGUGAAAUACACAUAUUUUACGUGUUGUUGACGUGUUCAAAAUCACGUGUUUUUAAACCUGUACGGAUGGCCAAAAGGUUCAAAAACACUUGAAUUUUAAUAGGUCAACAACACAAAAUACGAAUAUUUAACGCAUAUUUCACGUGCAAACAACGCGUGUUUAACAUGUGAAAUACGUGUAAAAUACACAUUUUACGUGUUGUUAAUGUGUUAAAAUUCACGUGUUUUUGAACCUUUUGGCCUUCCAUACGCUGAUAGACGCCUGCUUUCAAACGCUUCCGUGUGUAUGUAUUUUACGUGUUAAAUACGUGUUGCUUGCGCGUAAAAUACGUGUUAAAUACACACAUUUUACGUGUUGUUGACUUGUUUAAAAUUCACGUUUUUUUUAACCUUUUGGCCUCCGAUAUUCGCUGAUAGACGCCUGCUUUCAAAUUCUUCACUUUCAAAAGGCUUUCAAACGCUCUCGUUCAUUGAUCAUUGUAGCCAAUCACAGACAUAUCUGAUGAGUGCAUAAACACAAAGGCCAAUCAGAGGAAUCCGCUCAACAGCGCUCAAAGCGUCACAUUUUUUAAAUUUCUGUACCCACUUGGUACCGAAGUCUGUACUUUUGACAACACUACUUGUGUGUAUUUGCUGUUAUUUUUGAAAGUGUCCAUUAGUUACAACAGUGACAACAUCUGCUGAAAGCAUAAUCGAAUUGAAAGCAUUUUAUAACUUUAAUAGCAUAACUUUUUUGGAUUUUGGAAAAAUGUUGAUCGGAUAUAUUGAAGGAAGCAAUACAACCUAUACAGGAAAUUUCUGUUAAAUGUUACGUGCGAGGCUACCAUGCUUGUUGGGUAUUUUCAUAUAUGAUAGAGCUUCAGUGGAGAAAAAAAGUCUGUAUGUUUGUGUACGGUAUGUGGACAGAAGUAGCAGUUACUCUCUCUAAGGUUUAUUUAGGUUUUCGCAUUUAACUAAUGGGUAAUAAAGAAGUUCAGCCUUGUAGAGGCUUACGUUUCUUUCACAACCCAGUUUGAUUUAGUCUCUUUGUUUGUUGUCUUUACUUACGAACAUGUAGUUCAAAUCUCAGUACAAACCUUUCCUCUUACUGUUCUGAAAAUAUAUUAAACCAAACCAAUCCUAGCUAGUAAUUCAGAAUAGGCACGGCUGUUACUGUAUGUUCUGUUCCUCUCAUUAAAAAGCAAGCUCUCGUCCCUCUUUACACUCGCUCAGCUAAAUAUGAUGACGGCAAAUGGCAAACAUGAAUCAUUUGUUAUUCAUGUCUCCAUGAUGAGAAUUGUGUUGCCAUGCUAUUAGAAAUAAAUAGUUAGCUGCUAGUGGCUUCAGCUGUCUGCCGACGGUAUACAUAAUGCCUCUGAAGGGAUGUUAAUGUACUUUUUAAAUGUGUGUGUAAAUAUUUAAUUGAGAAAUGUUAUUGUUAUGGACCUGCAUCGUUAUCUUUUUGGAAUAAAGAAAAUGUACAUUUAUCGAA